AUGGAUCCAGACGGCCUUUUCGACUUCCUCGCACCAACAGAGGCCACGCUUAGUCCUGCCACAUCAUCCGGCUCCUCGCCUUCAAAGAAGCAAAAGAAGCGAAGCAAAGCAGGCGCUUCUUCUUCCUCAUCUUCAAAAGCGGAAGCGACGGCGAGCUCGUCAAAGGACAACAAAGCCUCAGCAUCCAGCUCCAAGAACGGCCAUGCUGCUGCUUCCAGCAAUGCUGAUGCCAAUGCAGACGAUGCUUCCGUGGACAGCUCCUCACCAGCACCUGGCCCAUCGAAGCGUCAGAAGCUUGAUGCUGCCGCGAAGCCAGCUCCGGUACCAACAGUGGUCACUGACGAGUUUACAGACGAGGCCACCCAAGCUAUCCCACUCCAAGGCGGUCUCGCUCCUCCCGAGUCGCCUGAUGACCAAUCUUUUGCUGCUGUCAGCUCAUCCACUGACGCUGCCUCCAAUGCCGACAAGAACGCUGCUGAGAAGAAGAUGCACGUCACCCACUCUGUGCGUCAUCAGGUCGCACUUCCUCCCGACUAUCCAUACAUCCCCCUCUCUCAGCAUGUACCCAACGACCCACCCGCCAAAGAGUACAAGUUCACACUCGACCCCUUCCAGCGCAACUCGGUCUCUUGUAUCGAACGCAACGAAUCAGUCCUCGUAUCAGCACACACUUCCGCCGGUAAGACCGUCGUUGCAGAAUACGCCAUCGCACAAUGUCUCAAGCGAGGUCAGCGCGUCGUCUACACCUCACCCAUCAAGGCGCUUUCCAAUCAAAAGUUCCGUGAACUCACCGCAGAGUUUGGCGACGUCGGCCUUAUGACCGGAGAUGUCACCAUCAAUCCUUCCGCCUCGUGCCUCGUAAUGACUACCGAGAUUCUGCGUUCUAUGCUAUACCGUGGUUCCGAGAUCAUGCGUGAAGUCGCCUGGGUCGUUUUCGACGAGAUCCACUACAUGCGAGAUAAGGAGCGUGGUGUCGUUUGGGAAGAGACCAUCAUCUUGUUGCCACGAAAGGUCCGCUACGUCUUCCUUUCAGCCACCAUCCCCAACGCCAUGCAAUUCGCAGAAUGGAUCGCACACACUCACGCUCAGCCAUGCCACGUCGUCUACACCGACUUCCGUCCCACUCCUCUUCAGCACUACCUCUUUCCUCAAGGUGGAGAAGGUAUUCACCUCGUUGUUGACGAGCGUGGCACUUUCCGUGAAGACAACUUCCAAAAGGCCAUGGGUGCUCUCGCUGACUCGAAAGGCGAGGACGUUGCUGAUCCCAACGCCGGAGGCGGCAAGCGUUGCGGUCAAGUCAAGAAGGGUGGUAACGGAGGCAAGAAGGGUCCCUCGGACAUCUACAAGAUCGUCAAAAUGAUCAUGGUUAAGAACUACAACCCUGUCAUCGUUUUCGCUUUCUCCAAGCGUGAAUGUGAGGCACUCGCACUCCAGAUGAGCAAGCUCGAGUUCAACACCGACGACGAAAAGGAGAUGGUCUCCACCGUCUUCACCAACGCCAUCAACGCCCUCUCCGAAGAAGACCGUGGCUUGCCUCAGAUCGAGCACAUUCUCCCUCUCCUGCGACGAGGUAUCGGAAUCCAUCACGGUGGUCUUCUUCCCAUUCUCAAGGAAGUCAUCGAAAUCCUCUUUCAAGAAGGUCUCAUCAAGGUCCUUUUUGCCACAGAGACUUUCUCCAUCGGUCUCAACAUGCCUGCCAAGACCGUAGUCUUCACCGCAGUCAACAAGUGGGACGGAAAGGAGUUCCGUAAUCUCACUUCGGGCGAGUUCAUUCAGAUGUCAGGUCGUGCCGGUCGACGUGGUCUCGAUGACCGAGGAAUCGUCAUCAUGAUGUUCGACGAGAAGCUUGAACCUAGUGCAGCCAAGACCAUGGUCAAAGGUGAAGCUGAUCGUCUCAACUCCGCCUUCCAUUUGGGCUACAAUAUGAUCCUCAACCUCAUGCGCGUCGAAGGUAUUUCGCCAGAGUACAUGUUGGAGCGCUGUUUCUUCCAGUUCCAGAACGCUGCAUCAGUACCUGCGCUCGAAGCUGAGCAGAAGGCAGCUGAGGAGCAGCGCGACUUGAUCAAGGUGGAGCGAGAGGAAGAAGUAGCAGAGUACUACGAUGUCAAACACCAGCUCGAGACACUGCGCAAGGAUGUGCAGACUGUCAUCACUCAUCCAUCUUACGUGUUGCCGUUCUUGCAGCCAGGAAGGUUGGUCAAGGUCUGCCAUGAGGAUCUCGACUUUGGUUGGGGUGCUGUCGUUUCGUAUGAGAAGCGCUUGCCGAACACACCAGGCAAGCGCGGACCAGCGAUUGAUCCUAACGCACCUCCACAAAACCAGUACGUCGUUGAUGUCCUCCUACACUGUGCAUCCGGUCCAGGCUCUUCUUCUUCGGACAAGGACAAAAAGGGGGGCAAGACCGACAAUGGCGCUCCCGCUGGCAACUUCCUUCCCUGCCCUCAAGGUAAGAAGGGCGAGAUGGUCGUUGUACCCGUUCUCUUAUCGACGAUCCAGUCUCUGUCCGGUAUCCGUAUCUUCCUGGCCAAAGAUCUUCGCCCUACCGAACCGCGCGAGACGGUCCGCAAGAACCUCGUCGAAGUCAAGCGUCGCUUCCCCAAAGGCGUACCCCUCCUUGACCCCAUCAAAGACAUGAAGAUCAAAGACGAAUCCUUUGCCCACCUUGUCGAGAAGAUCAAAAUCCUCGACGACAAACUCUCCUCCUCUUCCCUUCGCAGAGACAAAGACCUACCGCGACUCUACGCUGCCUACGCCCAAAAGCAAGAAGCGGAAGAAAUUGUCGCCGGAAUCGCCAAGAAGAUCGCCGCCGCUCACUCUGUUCUUCAACUCGACGAACUCAAAUGUCGCAAGCGAGUCCUUCGUCGACUAGGCUUCACCACCUCUGACGAUGUAGUCGAAAAGAAGGGCCGUGUAGCGUGCGAAAUCUCCACUGGAGACGAACUCUUGCUCACAGAGAUGAUCUUCAACGGCGUAUUCAACGAUCUUACCCCGCCACAAUGCGCCGCUCUACUCUCUUGCUUUGUCUUCGGCGAGAAAUCCACGACCCAAACCCGACUAAACGAACAACUAGCAGCCCCGCUCCGCAUCAUGCAAGAAACAGCUCGUCGAAUUGCAAAGGUCUCGAUCGAAUCCAAACUCCCACUGGUCGAAGAAGAGUACGUCUCCAGCUUCAAAGUAGAGCUGAUGGAUUUGGUUAUGCAGUGGUGUAAUGGAGCCAAGUUCGCAGAGAUCUGCAAGCUUACGGACGUAUUUGAAGGUAGUAUCAUUAGGUGUAUGAGAAGGUUGCAGGAGUUGAUCAGGCAAUUGGUUCAGGCGGCCAAGGCGAUCGGCAAUGAAGGUUUGGCAGAGAAGUUUGAAAAGACUCUGGCAAUGUUGGAAAGGGAAGGAAGCAUCAUUUUCUCUCCUUCCCUUUACUUGUAG